AUGGAAAGUUUUAGAGGAUUCCCACAAAGCGGUCUUCUACACACUGGAGUGUCUACAGUAGUUGAAACUGACAAAAGCCAACUAUUGGCCGCCAGAGCUCAAGAAGUCGAUGAUAAUGCCAGAUCAGGAAGCAACUUAGAUCGUGAUAUGAGUGACCACAACCCACAAGACAAUGAACUACCGAACGAUUCCAACACCGACAACAAGAAAACACGUACCCACCGCAAGUCCAGGCGAAGGCCUCCUUAUUCUUACAUCGCGCUUAUUGCAAUGGCAAUCCAGAACUCCUCAGAAAAGAGACUGACUCUUGACGGAAUUUGCAAAUUCAUCAGAGAUAGGUUUCCUUUUUAUCGCGAUACUUACCCAUCAUGGAAAAUCUGCAUCAGAAAUAACCUCUCACUGAACGACUGUUUUAUUAAGACAGGAAUAAAGUCAGAUGAGCCCCUCAAGGGAAACUAUUGGACGCUUGACCCGGAAAGUUACAACAUGUUUGAGAAUGGGAGCUUUCUUCGAAGGAAGACCAGAUUUAAAAGGCAAGAUCCCAACAGAAUUGAGGCUAAAUCUCUGUCUGUUGUAGAAACGGGAAGACAUGCUUUCACAUCUCCCUUGGAGCUUCACAAUCGCUUUAGUACAAGUUCUUUGAUUCCACAGCUUGGUUUCUCACCUCUUGAACCGCCAAAAGUACCGGGAAUAACACCAUUUGCUCUUCCUCUUCAAUACUACAAUCCUACUUCUCAGUCAACGGACUCUUUGUUUGUUCCCUCUCAGUUACCCUUUCUGCCAUACUACCAACACCUUAACUGCACGCAGUGUAACCUUUGUGAAAGCUCCAAGCAUUUCCAUCAUCCUUAUUUAAGACUCUAG